GUUAGUUGUUACUAAAAAUUGAUGCUUACAGCAACAUGAUGGCUCAGGAUUUGUUCGUAUUUUCAAAGAGUUUCCAGGAAAGGUUGGAUGAAUAUAACUGUAUUUUAACUAGUGAUUUGAAAGCCAUUGAUGUGAAAAGGGAAUGGAGCAUUUUUUUGAAAUAUCAUAUAGAACCAGCAGGUUGGAGAGCGAUUUGGAUGUCCCACGAUGUGUGUACUAGGUUAAAGAUCAACUAUCCAUGUACUGGAGUAGUUGUGACUGUCGAUCUUAUUAACUUUAAAGAAUUGUCGUGUACUGUCCAAAUCAAUCAAGUUGAAGAUGGAGUUGCUUGCCUUCCUUUAAGGAUGACUGAUAUUCCUUUGAUAGAAUUAUAUCCGACAAUUGAACAGGAUAAAAAUAAUGUGGUUGAAAAACUUUUCGACACAGCCAAGGCUAUUGAUAGUCUCAGAUUUUUUUACAACCAAUUAUGGAUGCCUUGGGAUGAGAAUUAUGAUGAUUCCGACUCAUGGGUCACUUCUCACUUAGAGGGAAGACUCUACUUGCAGUUUGAGUUGAUGGAAUGUAAGGUUCCUAACGAGGUGGCUUACAAUGUGCUCACACUGAUAUCAAAGGGCCGCAACGUCCUCAGAGAGAUAGAAGACAUUCAGGAGCAAUUGUCAGAUGAAAAAGAAUGUUUGCUUCUACUAGUGCUCACUGAGCUACACAAUGAGAUGACUCAUUUGCAAAACCAGUUCAGCAUAUUUGAAAAACCUGGAUUGCUGUAA